UGGUUAACUGCGAUAUCAAAGUUAAAAAUACGGGGCAUGCUGGCCUCUGAGUCUUCACCUCGGACGGAGGCCCGAAGAGCGGCGCCAAGGGAAAGAAAACACAACAUCUCGAGGAUUCUGCGGGGUAGUCUUGGUAUUGAGAGGGAUGUUGGGGCAUUUACACUAGUCUUAACUUCUGCCACAGUUUUCAGCAUCUACUGGGCCACUUGAGCUCUGUUAGUUAGCAAAAUGUAUGGCACAAACCUGCUGGAAACUAUGGGCAAGCCCACAGCCGGCCACCUCGGCAUGGCUGUAACUUUUACGAUUCUUGUCGCUUUCACGAUUCACGUACUCCGCAUGAGAUUUUUCCACCCACUCCGGCGGUACCCUGGCCCAUGGCUCAACAGCAUCACUCAGAUUCCUGCCGCCUGGGCGCUUCUCAGAGCUCGACAGCCCAAGGCCUACCGGGAACUGCACGAAAAAUACGGCCCCAUUGUCAGAGUUGCGCCCAACGAGCUCAGUUUCAUCAAUGUAGAGGCGUGGGAUGAUAUUUACGGAUUCCUUAAAUCGACACCCAACUUUGAAAAGAGUCCAGUCUUUAUAGGGGCCGUCUCUCCCCUGAACGGACAAACCGGCAUCAGCCUGGCCAACAAUGAAGAGCAUACUAGACAGCGACGUGCACUAGCGGCACCGUUCACCAACCGUGCCCUGCUACAGCAGCAGGAUAUUCUUCGGGUGCACGUCGACAAGCUGAUUACGGCACUGCGGGCCAAGGCACGGAACAAGGAAUCGGUAAAUAUGGGUGAAUGGUAUACGUACACGACUUUCGACAUCAUUGGCGACAUUUGCUUUGCUGAGCCGUUUGGGUGUUUGGACGGCGGAGAGUCCAACGAGUGGGCGCGGGCCAUCAUCAACAUCUUCAAGGCGGCAACUUGGGAUCAAGCCAUCAGACGGGUGGCCGGCACCGGCACUCUGCUGCACAAGGCCCUGGUCAAGAUCAUCAUACCGGCCGAGGCGGCGCAGUGGCGCACCAUCCACUUUUCCAACUCAAAGGCCAAGACGCUGGCGCGGCUGGCCGACCCGGACCGCCAGCACCCAGACCUCAUCAAGCACAUCCUCGACAGCGAGGACUCGCGCGCCGCCCUGAGCCCGACCGAGAUCAUCCUCAACAUGGUGCUCUUCAUCAGCGCCGGCAGCGAGACCACGGCCAACACCAUGACGGGCUGGACCUACUUUAUGCUGCGGCACCCGGAGGCCCGGGCGCGCGCCACCGCCGAGGUGCGCGCCGCCUUUGCCUCGCCGCGCGACAUCAAGUGGGAGACGGUGCGGGCGCUGCCGUACCUCAACGCGACGCUCGAGGAGGCGCUGCGGCUCUUUUCGCCCGCGCCGUCGAACCAGCCGCGCGUGGUGCCGGCGUGCGGCGCCGUGGUGGCCGGCUGCCCGCUGCCGUCGGGGACGACCGUGUCGGUGGCGCCGUGGGCGGCCGUGUUCUCGGCCCGCAACUUUGCCGACCCCGAGAGGUUUGCGCCCGAGCGCUGGCUGGACGAGGGCGGCGCGGAUCCCCGCUACGCCGCCGACCGCCGCGGCGCCUCGCAGCCCUUCAGCACGGGCCCGCGCGGCUGCAUGGGCAAGAACCUGGCCUACUUUGAGCUGCGCCUCGUGCUGGCCCACCUGCUCUGGCACUUUGACCUCGAGCCCACCGACAGCGCCGCCGGCCGCGAGUGCAUGCGCCGCUGGGAGCAGACCGACAUGGACACGUACCAGACCUGGAUGAAGCCCGAUCUGUGGGUCGACUUGAAGGAGGCGCAGCGGUAGGCUUCCUGCAUGUUUUGCUGGGAGACUGAACCUGGGUAUUGUGCGAAAGCUGGGAACAAGCAAUCUCAAGUCAAGACUGUCAAGACUGUCAAGGUGCUUAGUGUGGACGUAUAUACACAGUAAAUACUAGAACUAAAAUUGUGAUGGUUGCUACGAGA